AAAAGGGCUCAAGAAAAUUCUGCAAACCUUUUGGGGCUCUCUGGGUGCUACAGUCUGCUUCACAAGAAGGACCUGAAACCUAAGAGGUCUUCUUUGGAUCCUCCUUCCAUUAACACCAUGAAGCACUAAUCUAGAGCCAAGGAAUGGAGCUGGCUGUGAGUGAAGUCCUUGUUCUAGACACUGCAAAAUAAACUGCAGUAUUUGGGGACCAUGGCUACAGACCCAUUGUCGGAGCUUCAGGAUGAUCCAAACUCAGUCARCCAGUCCCUCAGCCAGCUCAAACUGACCUCCAUAGAUGAUAAGAACUGGCCAGCAGAUGAAGUCUCUGCUUUUCCCAAAUCAGAUGACUCCAAAGGCUCCCCUGAGCCUGUCUCUCACCUGCAGUGGGAUGAUCCCUACUAUGAUAUUGCCAGGCAUCACAUUGUGGAAGUAGCAGACCAGGGUGCACUUGAUGGGGCCCAACCAGGUGAUGACAAAUAUGGAAGAAAAGUAAUUUUGUUCAGUGCCUGCCGGAUGCCCCCAAGUCAUCAACUAGAUCAUGUGAAGCUGCUGGGGUACCUGAAAUUCACACUGGACCAGUAUGUGGAGAGUGAUUACACAUUGGUGUACCUGCACCAUGGCCUGACCAGUGAGAACAAGCCAUCCCUGAGCUGGUUGCGGGAUGCCUACAGGGAAUUCGAUCGCAAGUACAAGAAGAACAUCAAAGCGUUGUAUAUUGUGCACCCAACCAUGUUCAUCAAGACCCUACUGAUACUCUUCAAGCCUCUGAUCAGCUUUAAAUUUGGACGGAARAUUUUUUAUGUGAAUUACCUUAGUGAGCUGGAGGAGUAUGUGAAGCUGGAACAGUUGGGGAUCCCAAGCCAAGUGCUGAAGUAUGAUGAAUACUUGAGAUCCCUGCAGAAACCUUCACAAGUGCCCCAGAAGUCAACACCCCCACGCCCACCGCUGCCAAACCAGCAGUUUGGAGUCUCCCUACAGCAUCUCAGGGAGAAGAGCCCUGAUCAGUCUCCUGUUCCUCUGGUGGUCAGAGACACCAUUGCCCAUUUGCAAGAGCAUGCUCUUACUACAGAGGGGAUUUUCCGGAGAUCAGCAAAUACACAGGUUGUCAGAGAGGUCCAGCAAAAAUACAACAUGGGUGUGCCUGUAGAUUUCCAGGAGUAUGAAGAURUCCACCUCCCUGCUGUGAUUCUCAAGACCUUCUUGAGGGAGCUACCUGAGCCUCUCCUCACCUUUGGCCUCUACAGCCAUGUUGUCAACUUCCAGAAUGUGGAGGAGGGGAAUCGUGUGGAUGUUGUUUGCAAAGCUCUCCAGACUUUGCCAGAAGAAAACUACCUAGUGCUCCGUUUACUGACAGCCUUUCUGGUGCAGGUUUCUGCUCACAGUGACAGAAACAAGAUGACAAACACCAACCUAGCAGUUGUGUUUGGCCCAAAUCUGCUCUGGGCCAAAGAUGUGGCCAUCACUCUAAAAGCCAUCAAUCCUAUCAAUACCUUCACCAAAUUCCUGCUGGACCACCAGAAGGAACUGUUUGAGACUGCAGAGGUUUGAAUCUAGGCCAGCCCACACCUGCACACUGUGCCCACCUUCCCUCUUCUUUAUCUUGGAGMUGUGACCAAGCUGUCUCCAGUACUAAGGGACCAUUGAUCUUCUGGGUGAUGAGCAGAGUGAGGGCUGUGGAGAUGAUGCUGAAAGCGUGCAAGUAAGUGAGCAGGACACCUGCAGCUCCGGAUGGGCAGGGGAGCUGGUCUCCYAGCUGCUGAGACUGGAGUCCGAAUCCACCUGCGCAGCUCCUCCAGGGCUCAUCACCAGUCUUCUGCCCUAUCAGACGACCUACCUUCCUUUCCUCCUUCCCUUACRUGCAGUUUUUCUGCCCUCCUGGUCCCUUCCUCAGCACAGAUCUUUUUAUUCAAGCUCCCAAUAGCCCCAGCUCACCCCUCCUUGCCACAGCUGGGCUGUCUGGGCAAGGGUGGGCUUGCUGGAUUUUGUGAUGGAGACAUUGUUACUGCGAGUGCCAUUUCUCAGCACUGAAAAUGCAUCCUGCCUUUCCCCRGAAGCACCUAAAGCAAGGAAGGGAGCAGUAGCUCUUGGCUUUGGGUGGCAGCAUGUCCUACACUUGCAAACACCACUCUGAACCUCCUGCUUUAGGCAGGUGGGUGAAGGAUAGGCUCAUGGCAGUGGGSUGUGUUACCUGUCAGACUCCAAAACAACGUAGGUGAAUUUAGCCCAUAGCCCAGCCUUUCUGGGAUCACCCACUGUAGAUACUAUUCAGUGCUUGCUGGAGUGUAAUGGUUGACUUGCCUCCUGCAGCAGUCCAGUUCAGGUGUGCUUGUCCCUCCAGCAGCACUUCCAGCCUGGCUGGGAAUGUUCGUGCCAGGCCUGGCUCUGUGUGUGGGCCAGCUGUGACCCUUUGACAGCUGGUGAGUCUGAAUGGCAGGAGCAAGUGCCCUGGUGGCACUGAGCUGCUGAACACCAUGAAGAUCACUGGCUGUCCCUGCAGCAGCAGAAGGCCUCCCCUUCUGGUGUAUGUAUCUGUGCUGACUGGCACARACCGCCUUGACUAGUUGUCUUUUUAAGCACAACUUUCCCCAGCACAGUGUAACAGAGAGCAUGGCCUUGAGGGAAAGUCUCAGGACUGGGGCUGACCCUCACCAUGGAGUGCACCAGGCCUGGAUUACAAAUUUCUGCCCAGGUGCUGAGCACUCAUGUGCCAAAGCUGUGAGGGAACAGCUGUUCCCUUGGCCAAAGGCCAAGGGCCUUUGCUGUGUGUCCUCCUGGGUUCAUACCUUCCACCCUGCCAUCUGCUCAGAUGCAUCCUGUAUGCCCUGGGCACAACUGGAGAGAUCUGGUGCUCUGCAAGGCAGGCUCAGAGUAGGGUGAUCAGGCACCUCCCCAGAGCAGCUGCAAUACUGUUAGGGCAUCACUGUUGGGUUUAGGUGGCCUCAUUCCCAUUUCCUAAAAAAAAAAUAAAGAGAUCCUUCUCCUUAGCCUGGGCCUGUCAGGAUUUUACGAGGGAGCUUCUAGCCUUACUUCACUGGGGUGAUGGAUCUUUGUAUUCUUGUGCCCUGUGUGCCUGGGGCCAGCCCUCCCUGCUGCAUCUGGCCUCGGRGACAAAUCUUUUGGACCAAGCAGAAUGGUUGUUUUAAAAGCUACUGGAUGCUAAAUAGAAUUUGCUUUUUCAUCAUAUUUUAGCCUGCCUUUAAACACUGACCAAAGGUCAGUGCCCCUGGUGUAAUCAAAGUAAGUGACAUCUGCUGCAGGAAUUAAGGAGAUUGCUCUUUUUGCUAAACUCUGGAAUGGGGAUAGGUGCAAACACAGGCAGCUCUGCAAGGCAAUGCAGGUCCAGCCAGCUGGCUUGGAGGAGGCACACCAACAUGUGGGUGGGAACAGUGAACAAGAAAGUGAGCUUUACUAAGACUGGAGCAAGAGAUAAUCUAAGAUAGGACUGGAUCUGAUCCAUUCCAGAUACCGGAAGACUUUGCCCUCUGGAAGGGUACAAGGCUGCUGACUUCUUCAAGCCUCCCUCCCUCUUCCAAGAGUAGGYGCCUUCCCUGUUUGGCCAGGAUUGUUUCAUUCUGAAAAAAUCACAGCAGUAGCCAAGUGAAUGUUUUGGAGGUAAUCUGCUCCUAAUUCAUCUGUGAGCUCUUCUAGAGUGAGUUAGCAGGGCUGAUGUGCUGUGGAGGAGUAAUCUGGGGUGGACUGGUGUAGAGAGAGUUGUAYUUGCCCCAGUGUUUAAGGGGCAAGGCUGUGGAGGCUGAGGGAGCCCAGUGUAGCCUCUUCCCCUGCAGGUGCAUUGCUCUGUGGAGGCUUUGGUGGGGGGAGAAGGAGACUUGGUGCUCUGACUGUAUCUGCCACUGGCACUGGCCUCACCUUGAUAUCCCUAAAGGAAAGGCAAGCCCAGCCAACUUCUGGGACAAACAAGCCCAAGCUCAGCAACCUGGAAUCCAAGUGCCUGCAUGCAUGAGGCCUGGCCCUAUGCACUCUCUGGGGAAGGUGGCAUGUUCCAGACUUGCAGAGCAGCAAACACUGUUCCCUAUAGCCUGAGGAGCAGUGCUGGAGUAGCUCCUGUGUAGGGGGAAGGUGGGGAUUUCUGCAAGUGUCUUGAGUUCUGGCUGUGGUUUGGUGAUUUGGGUUUUUUUGGGGGGGGGGGAUUUGGGGUUCUUUUUUUAGUGAAUUCUUGAAAUGGCGUUUCCUUUUUUAGCAAAACAGAGGCUGGUGCAUCCCCUGCAGGCAGGGAUAAAAGCCUGCUCCAUUUCAGUGCCUGCAGGGAGCAGAUUCAGAGAGUGUUCAGGAACUACUACUGCUCAUGGUGGGAAAGUGCUUGCAAAUCCUGGAAGGGACCCAGUGUAAAUAUCCCCUUUCCUCUGCUGCUCCUUGUGUUGGAGCUGCUGAGGGCCCUGGAGCAGGCACAGUAACCAGGGUUGCUUUUGCAGUCUGUUCUCCUGAAUGCCUUGUAUUGAAAUAUCCCUCCUGUGUCCUGAGCAAGGAAGUGGCCCAGGGCUGCCUGCAGCCUGUGCCGGUGGGUGCUUAUCAGAGCCUGCCCCUGCUGAGGCCAGGGGGUUAAAUUCCCUCCUCACAGGGCAGGAUGCUGACUGGGCUGUGUUUCCCUGCCUUGUGUAGGUUGGGGUCAGUACACAAUUAAGGUGCUGGUCUGCGUUGGUUUUCUCCUUGCUGUAGAGCUGCCCGAGGGUCUCUYCCCUGGCUUGUCUUUCAGGUUAGCUGUUAGCCAUUUCUUCCUGUGGGGGUACUUGUUCAAUCAACCUCCUGCUUUCAGCACCUAGAACAUUCCCCUCUGCUAAGCCUCCUGCUGUCUUAAUGGCCCCUGAUCACUCCCUGGCCCAAACUGUGAGCUGACACCAGAGCUUUUGGGCAAUGCAGGGGGUCUAGGGCAAUCCAGAUGCCUUGUGGCAAUGUGUGACCUGAGGGCCAGUUUGGUCCCAGUUUCCUUUUUUUAUGCAUGGGGGCUCCUGUGCAAAAAUUUWGGCUUUGCUUUUGUUGCUGGCAUUCCCUGCUUUCUUCUUUAUUGAUGUUCAUCAGGUGAAGGCCUGUGUUUCCACGGUUCACGUUGUUUGUUUUCCUUUAAUCUGCACCAAUCUUGUAUUUCACAGUUUGCACUUUUUGUAUUUCAAUAAAGGUCAAAAUGUAAUCCUAGA